AUGAAGGAUCUUGGAAAAGCUGCAUUAAUUUUAGGAAUGCAGAUAACUCAAACAAAGGAUAUCAUCAAAGUUGAUCAGGAGAGGUACAUCGAGAUCAAGAAACUUCUCAAGACUUUUAGAAUGGAGUACUGCAAGACAGCAGCAACUCCGGCAGCUGCUGGAUGUCAUUUAAAGAAGUCAGAUCACACGCCUGAUGACAGGAUCCCAUAUCAGAAAUAUCAGAAUCUUAUAGGAUCUCUGAUGUAUUUAGCAGUUUGUACGAGGCCAGACAUAACGCAUGCAGUCAGUACUUUGAGUCAAUUUAAUACUUUCUAUAGAGAAGAACACUGGAUAGGGGCAAAGCGUGUGCUCCGCUACCUAAAAGGAACGAAAUCUCGUGGGAUAGUAAACUUCAAAAGAUGCAGUGCUGACAGAUUCAUCCAAGGAUAUUCAGAUGCAAGUCACGGAGGUGAUGAAGAUAGAAAAUCAUGGACUGGCUACACCUUUUUGGCUCAAGGGGCAGCUGUCUGCUGGCAAAGCAUCAAGCAGAAAACAAUAGCACUAUCAACUGCAGAGGCAGAAUACGUAGCUCUGUCAGAAGCUGCAAGAGAGGCAAUAUUCCUCAGAAUGUUAAUUGCACAAACACCAGGAAGGACGAGGAACUGA